UGAGAGCUGUCAUCGUCGGGACAACAUCAUGGGUGGCGUGUUGAAUUAGAAUGCCUCUCCCACUCUCACAGCACGAACAAGCUGGAAAGUGGGCUUUUUCUCCUACUUUUGUUGUUCAGUUGCACAAGCAGGGAGCAUGAACAAGACUCAAAUUUACAAUAGUGGGGAUUAUAUGUAUAGUAGAUGUCGCUGCAUGACACUAGCACCCUGUAGCUUAGCCCCUGUUGUGCGACUGCUCUCACAAAUUUCUUGACUUUGGAAGGAGACAUCUCGCUAGUUGGAAGUAAAAAUAUUACUGCAGUUUGCACAGUACUGGCUCAGACCUCAGUUCGAUCACAUCAGUUUAUAACAGUGUUAAAUAAAUACUUUUUACGUUGAAAUAUUUAUGAAUAUAUAAUACACUACCUUCACAAAUUGGAUUAAUUUAGUGAACUUUUUUUAUUUAGUGUAAUUGUGUGAUUUUAAUUUAAGUGUUUGAACCAAAUGGUUGUGUUAGAAGAAGGCGGAAUGUUGACUACUGGACAUAAUCAGUAUUUACAACCGGAUUAUCUAUCACCGCUUCCAACAACGUUGGAUGCGAAGAAAAGUCCAUUGGCAUUACUUCAACAAACAUGUAGUCAAAUUGGAGCAGAUUCACCAUCAAAACCAUUGAUAUCAUCCAUGGAUAAAUCAGGAAAAAGUGGAAUGACUGGAAAUACUCGUUCACCGCCGGCGGCUAAAACUGAUAGAACACGUAGUAGUCCGUCGGAACCAAAACCUCUAGGAUUCAAGCCAUACGAAACAAAUGUAUUAUCUAAAAAACAAAAUGAUGAUAGUAGACCAGCAUCAAAAGCAAGUGUACACAGUGUUAGUGGUCAAGAUAGUGUUAAUAAUAGUGCAAGUGAAAAUAAUAAUAAUAAUAACAAUAAUAAUAAUAAUAAUAAUGAUAAAAAAUCAUCUGGUAAUCGUACACCAAUUGGACGUAAAUCAGCAUCACCAUCAUCACAAAAUAAUAACAUGACAGUAUCAAAUAAUAGUUCAUCACCAUCGGGCGAAAGAAAAACACCAGCUCAAGAUUCUGAUAAAUCAAAUGAAUCAUCACGUCAAAAUGGAGCAAGUCCAAUUAUUCGUUCUGGUAUGGAAGUUUUAACUGGUUCAACUCAUCCAAAAGAAGGAAGUCUUGGUGCAUAUAAACAUGCUCUUGGUGGUUUUAACAAUAAUCCAUUUUGUUGUCCACCAGGAUUAACUGAAAAUCCAGCAUUUAGACCACCAUUCGCUGGUGGAUCACCAUUUUCACAUCAUCAUGCUGCAGCAGCUGCAGCACUUCUUGGUUAUCCGUCGGCAGCCUCAGCUGUUGCUGCAAGUGGUAAUCCAUAUUUGAGUUAUACUCGUGUUAAAACAGCAAAUGGUGGUGAAGCACUAGUGCCAAUUUGUAAAGAUCCUUAUUGCAAUGGCUGUCAAUAUAGUAUGCACAAUGCUCAAAUGAUGAUGGGUGCUGGUCCAUGCCCGAGUGGUUGUACUCAGUGUGAUCAUCAAAAAUAUAAUCUUGCAAUGGCACUAUCUUCACUUGGACCAAUGCCACCACCAUCACUCUCAUAUCCACCAUCAAUGUCUGGUGCUAGACCACAUACAUGUAGUUGGAUUGUUGGUGAUAAUUAUUGUGGAAAACAAUGUAAUACGUCUGAAGAACUUCUUCAACAUUUACGUAGUCAUACAAGUCCUGGUAGUAGUCAUCACGCAGCUGCAGCAGCAUCAGCAGCAAUGCUUGGUGGUAACAAUGGUGGUCCACAUUCACAUCAACAUCCUCUUCUUUCACCAUCAGCAGCACUUCAUCGUGCAGCAGCAAAUGGAUCUUAUCCAGCACCACCAAUAAGCCCAUUAGGUGCACGAUAUCAUCCGUAUGGUAAACCACCAACAGGACCAUUACCAGCUUCACUUGCUGCAUCACCUUACAGUGCUUUUAAUACUCUUGGACCAUAUUAUUCACCUUAUGCUAUUUAUGGUCAACGUGUGGGUGCUGCUGUGCAUCAAUAAAUCGAAAAAAAAAGAUAAAAAAUUAUUUAAUGAUAAGUUUUAUGUGAAGAUGAUGAUAUUGUAUACAAAUAGUAACGAGACUGUUGUUGUAAAUAGAUGCGCCACGGGUGCUUGAUUGUAAAGUAGAUCUUUAUUCAAAUGAAUCUUAAUAGAACAUAAAAAAAAAAAAAAAUAAAUAUAUAUUAUAUAUUAUAAAAGAUUGAGAAAAAAAAAUAAAUUUAAAUUUUAAAAAAAAAAAAAAAAAUGAAUAUAUGAAUAUUUAAAUUAAAAUAUUUUACAAUUGAAGUUUUAUGAUAUAUCUCGACAGUUUAACGUCGUGCUCCCUUGCCCGUGGUUGGCUUUGACAUUCUUGAAUUAUAUGCCUAUUAAAAUCCGAUUGAUUUACGAUGCAGGUAUUAUUAAACGUCUCGUUUUCACGAUUGUGUCCACUCAAUAUAAAUUUUAAUGCAUUUUUUUUCUUUUUUUCAUUUCUUUCGCAAGCAUAUAGAUAGAAGGCUCACGUGGAUAAAUUUGUAAAUGUGAGUAUCUUGACAUGUUAUGCAAGAUAAUCGGGAAAAAACAAAAAAAAAAAAAAUUAAGUAAAGUCGGUUGUUUUUUUCUUGUCUUUGUUUUAAGAACUGUGCCACUUUAUUUGAAAUUUAUUAUCAACAUUGAGCAGAAGUCGCGUGAUAUAUGAAAAAAAAAAAAAAUAAUUAAA